AUGGCAAAAGUCCUUUUUCUCCUUCUUGCAGUCCUGGUGGCAGUUAGUGCUGUUAAAAUCUUCAUUAAAAAAAAAUUAGGCGACGAACUGACUCAAACUUUUAGAGAUAAGGGUGAAGCGUUGAGUCGCGAUAGUCGAUUCUUGAAUGAAUCAGAAGGCCAGCGAUGUCGACUUAGGCAAUAUCUGACGCAAACCGGUGAAGAUGCCAAAGCAUUUAUUCUCAGUGAAUUUCCACACUUGAAAAUCUACAUUCUCCGUGACGGUUCGCCAGUUACAAUGGACUAUAGAUUUGAUAGAGUCAGAAUAUUCGUCGACGAACAAGGCGUAGUCGUCCGCACGCCUCACAUCGCUUAA